UAAAUCUGGGUUUCUCUUUGUCAAAUUCCUUCAAGCUCAUCUAUUUCUUCAACCCAAGAACGAAAGUCUCCUCCUUUAUUAAUGGGUUGCUUCAGUAGUAAACACCGGACAACUCAAAACGACGGCGGAGAAAGAUCAAAUCCGAUCAAUCCAGUUCAAACCCAUGUCGUUAAUCAAGUCCCUGAGCAUCGUGAACCUCAAAUCCCAACACCAUCGGUACCCAUCUCAGUUCGAGAUCCAGAGACGAUAUUAGGUAAACCAUUGGAAGACAUCAGGAGAUUUUACAGCUUCGGGAAAGAAUUAGGUCGAGGUAGAUUUGGGAUUACGUAUAUGUGUAAAGAGAUUGGGACUGGGAACAAUUACGCUUGUAAAUCGAUUCUCAAGAGGAAGCUAGAUAAUAAGUAUAAUAAAGAAGAUGUGAAGACAGAGAUUCAGAUAAUGCAGCAUUUGUCUGGACAACCAAACAUUGUUGAGAUCAAAGGUGCUUAUGAAGAUAGACAAUCUGUUCAUUUGGUUAUGGAGUUGUGUGCUGGUGGUGAGUUGUUUGAUAGGAUUAUAGCUAAAGGUCAUUACUCUGAGAGAGCUGCUGCUGGUAUCAUUAAGUCAAUUGUGAAUGUUGUUGAGAUUUGUCAUUUGAAGGGUGUGAUUCAUCGAGAUCUCAAGCCUGAGAAUUUCUUGUUCUCGAGUGAAGAGGAGAAUGCAAUGCUUAAAGUAACCGAUUUCGGGUUGUCCGCGUUCAUCGAAGAAGGAAAAGUUUACCAGGAUCUAGUUGGGAGCACUUACUACGUUGCUCCUGAAGUAUUAAGGCGAAGUUACGGGAAAGAAAUCGAUAUUUGGAGUGCAGGUGUCAUUUUAUACAUCCUACUCAGCGGUGUACCUCCUUUUUGGGCUGACAAUGAGAAAGGAAUAUUCGUUGAGAUUCUAAAAGGCGAAAUUGAUUUUGUAAGCCAGCCAUGGCCUUUUAUAUCUGACAGCGCGAAAGAUCUUGUUAAGAAGAUGCUAACCGAAGACCCAAAGAGACGAAUCACUGCUGCAGAGGUUCUUGAACAUCCUUGGAUCAAAGGGGGAGAAGCACCGGACAAACCUAUUGAUAGCACUGUGUUAUCCCGCAUGAAGCAAUUCCGAGCAAUGAACAAGCUUAAGAAGCUAGCUCUAAAGGUUAGCGCGGAGAGUCUAUCAGAAGAGGAGAUCAAAGGUCUUAAAACCAUGUUUGCGAAUAUGGAUACCAAUAGAAGCGGGACAAUCACGUAUGAACAACUCAAAACUGGGCUAAGUAGACUUAGGUAUAGACUCUCUGAAACUGAAGUUAAGCAACUCGUGGAAGCGGCUGAUGUGGAUGGUAAUGGAACAAUUGACUACUAUGAGUUUAUCUCUGCGACAAUGCAUAGAUACAAAUUAGAUCGAGAUGAGCAUGUACACAAAGCAUUCCAACACUUUGAUAAAGACAACAACGGGCACAUAACUAGGGAUGAGUUGGAAAGUGCCAUGAAGGAAUAUGGAAUGGGAGAUGAAGCUAGCAUCAAAGAAGUUAUAUCUGAAGUUGAUACCAACAAUGAUGGAAAAAUAAACUUUGAGGAAUUUCGUGCGAUGAUGAGAUGCGGCACCACACAACCAAAAGGGAAAAUGUUUCCAUUCCACUGAUCAAGACUACAUAGAUCCCAACAGCUUAUCAAUGGAAAGUAGUUCUUAAACCCGGAGUACUAGAGCUAAACCAGAAAAAACCGAGGUGAGAGUAGUUGGUAAACUGUCUCAGAAUGUUCUUCUUUCUUCUGUGUUUGAAUGUGAUCAUGUGAGGAUUAGUUUAAUAGUCAUUCACAAUAACAGAUUUAUUAUCCU